CUGCCCGGAGCCCUCGAAGGUCUGCGGGUACUCGAAAUCUGCGACGAGAAGGGCCAAUUCUGCGGCAAGCUGAUGGCCGACAACGGCGCCGACCUCAUCAAGAUCGAGCCGCCCGGCGGCGAGGCCUGUCGGAAUUUUGGCCCCUUCAUGGACGACGUUCCCCACCGAGAGCGGAGCCUGUCCUUCUGGCACUACAACACGUCCAAGCGGGGCAUAACCCUGAACCUAGAGACGAAGCAGGGGCAGGACAUCCUCAAGCAGUUGGCGGCCACCGCCGACAUCGUCCUGGAAAGCCGCAAGCCCGGUUACCUGGAUUCACUGGGGUUGGGGUACGACGUGCUGUCUGCCGACAACCCCAGCCUGAUCAUGUGCUCGCUCACCCCCUACGGCCAGACCGGCCCCUGGCGGGACUACGUCAGCAGCGACAUCACGCAGAUGGCCGGAGGCGGGCAGAUGGCCUCGUCGGGCUAUGACGAUGUUGACGUACCCAACCCGCCGCCCAUCGCUCCCGGUGGUGGCAACUCCUGGCAUAUCGGCGCGCACUACUCCUACAUCGGCAUCAUGGCCGCCCUGUAUUACCGUUUCCUCACCGGCGAAGGGCAGUACAUUGACGCCUCCAUCCACGAGGCCUGUGCCCUGACCACCGAGGGCGCCAUCGCCAUCUACCUGUCCACGGGCGAUGUGGUCCAGCGGCAUACCGGCCGUCACGCGGCUCCCGAUAUGUCGCCGGCCAUCCAGUUCCCCACGGGCGAUGGCGGCUGGCUCAACACCACCCGCUCGGGCACCAACCUGACACCGCAGCGGUUGAAACUGUUGUCCGAGUGGUUCGACCAAUCCGGUAUGGCGGACGACCUGACCGACGAGCGAUACCAGGACCCUGAGGUCAUCGCGACGGAGAACGACCACAUCGUCCAGGUGAUGAAGAAUUUCUUCAUGAAUUCCACGCUGAUGGACUCCUUCCACGGCGGGCAGCAGCGGGACUUCCCCUGGGGCGCCAUCCGUAGCAUGGACGAACUGGUCGGCGACGAUCACCUGAUCGACCGCGAGUUCUUCAAAGAGGUGGAGCAUCCCGAGCUCGGACGCACCUUCACCUACCCGGGUCCGGCCGCCCUGUUCAAUGGCUCCCCGUGGCGCAUCAGCCGCCGCGCUCCCCUAAUCGGGGAACACAACUCCGAAAUCCUCCAGGGCGAACUCGGUCUCACCAACGGCCAGAUGCUGCUGCUGGCAGAGGGCGGGAUCAUCUGA